AUGCGGUUGCUCAUCGCCGCUGCGACCCUCUUCUCCCUCGUCCUCGGCCAGGAAUGUGACAACUUUGGCCAGUCCAAGGAUGGAUCCUGCUUUUGUCCCGCCGGCCUGACCGGGUCCAACUGCUCCCAGCCCGCCCGCGGCGGCGACGUCUUCGCCCCCAAACCCGAUGGCCAGUGCUCCGACGGCUGGCUCGGCCCCACGUGUACCGUCUGUUCGUCCGACGAUGCGUGCAAGUCGGCGCUCAACACGCUCGCCAAUCCCGCCAAUGGCAUGCCCAUGCCCGGCAUGAAUGAGACGCUUGUGUGCAACACUUCGCCAGUCAUCUACUCGGCCUCGCAGGUGACGUGCGACGUUAUCCAGCCCAUGUUGCAGGGCGUCUUCCCCGGAGAGACAAAGGUUACCCUCACACGGUUCAUGAACUCGUCGACCAGCCCAGGCGGUGAUGCGACGUACACCAAGACGAAGCAGGUUGGAGGCACGAACGAAGGUUACAUGCAGCUGUGGUACAAUGGCAAGCAACAGUUUGCGUGCCACCUGACCGAGUGCAACCAGACGGUCGUCGACGGGGCUAGCAACUGGCACUGUCCCGGACUCAAGUGCCAUUGCUUCCCCGGUACCGACAUGUGCGGCAGCGACGGCAAGAGCGGCGGCAACAGCCAAGUGUCGUCCAUCGUGUCCUCGCUCGGUCUCAACGAGAAUACCCUGACGGGUCCCGUCGAUAUUAACUGCAAGCCUGGCGGCGACUGCAGCUUCAAGCAAAAGUUCCUUAACAUGCUCGGCGCCGAAGGCCUGCCCCUUUCUGGGUGCAAGAUGGGCGAGUGCGUCAACCAAUAUGUGAUUGACCAGGCCCUGGGCAUCAACCAGGUACACACUGAAUCGUCCCUGUCGGGCGGUGUCAUUGCCGGUCUCGCCGUCGUUGGCGCCUUUGCACUGCUCGCCGUCAUUGUUACCGUCUGGGGCCUCGCCAAGCGCCGUAGGGCGCGCAAGCAGCCUGCCGGCAGCCUCGUCAAGAUGGGCGGCGUGAGCGUUUCAUGGUCUGGCGUCGGAUACCAGGUCCGCGGCUACAACAAGCGUGGAUGGUACAAUCGCAUUGUCGGCUGGCUACGCGGCUUUGGCGACGUGCCCACCAGUCGCCCAACUUCUCCAAACGGUGAAGAGGGCCAUGGUAACUCGGACAUUGUCCUGCACGACGUUUGCGGCGAGCUGCCCGCUGGCGGCUUUUGUGCCGUCCUUGGCCCUUCCGGUGCCGGCAAGUCGACCCUCGUCGACAUUCUCGCGGGCAAGCGCAAGUCGGGCCAGGUUCGCGGCCGCGUUUCGUUCCACUCGAACGGCGGACCGGUCAAGGUUGGCUACUGUGACCAGAGUGACGUGCUCUCGCCGACGUCGACAGUCAUGGAGACGCUCCUCUUUGCGGCCUACCUUCGUCUGCCCGAGAAUGUGCCCAAAGUCGUCAAGGCGGCGCGCGCGACCACGGUCCUUCGCCAGCUCAACCUCGAGCAUAUUGCCAACACUCGUGUAGGAUCCGGACUGCAGCGUGGUAUCUCGGGCGGCGAGAUGCGUCGCGUUUCGAUUGCCAUUGAGCUCGUCGCUAACCCCGACGUCCUCAUCCUCGACGAGCCUACCUCUGGUCUAGACUCGGUCUCUGCCGCGCGUGUCGUGACGCUGCUCAAGAGCCUGACGACUCACCCCGAGAAUCGCACCACCAUCAUUGCCUCGAUCCACCAGCCGUCGUCGGCUCUGUACCACUCGUUCUCCCAAGUUAUCCUCCUCUCGCGCGGCAAGCAGCUCUACAUGGGUCCCGGCGGCAAUGCACCGGCCGAGUUCUUUGCCGCGCAGGGCUAUGUCUGCCCGCAGGGUUACAACAUUGCCGAUCACCUGCUCGACAUUGCCAGUGAGGCCCCUGCCGGACUGCCCUCUGGUCCCGACGCCAUGGUGUCGACGGACAUGCUGCCCGAGUCGCCCAUGGAGAAGGCGUCCGACUCUGUCGUCGACCUGGCCAUCCUCAACUCGACCGCGCCGGCCAAGCAAAAGUGUGCGACAACCUUCCUGACGCAGCUCGAGGUGUUGAGCUCGCGCGAGUGGCGCAACCUCAAGCGCGACAAGACGCUCUUUGUCGCCCACUUCCUUCUCUUCAGUGUCGUCGGGCUCUUCGCUGGUGGUCUCUACUUCAAGGUCGACCUCACGAUUGCUGGCUUCCAGAACCGUGUGGGCUCCCUCUUCUUCCUUGGCACCCUCAUUGCCUUCUCGUCUCUUAGCGCCCUUUACAAUAUCGUCGAGAUUCGUCCACUCUUUCUCCGUGAACGCGGCAGCAGCUUCUAUUCGCCCCAGGCAUGGCUGCUCGCGCGUGUCAUUUUCGACGUCAUUCCACUCCGCCUCAUCCCGACCAUUGUUCUCGGCAUAAUCAUCUACUUCAUGGUUGGACUUGCACUGAGCGCUGCGCGCUUCUUUAAAUUCCUUCUGAUUCUCGUCCUGUACACGCUGUCAAUGACGCUGUACAACUUUUUGCUCGGCGCGCUGUUCGAGCACCCCUCGAUUGCCAUCCUGCUCUCGUCGCUGUGGAACCUGUUCAACAUGACGUACGCCGGCUUCUUCAUCAAUGUCGCCAAGAUUCCCGCCGUGCUUGGAUGGCUGCACUUCCUUGCCCCGCUCAACUAUGCUCUCGAGGCUAUCGUUGUCAACGAGGUGGGCUCGGGUCUCCACAUCAAAGACGUUCUGAACGGCGUGUCGCUCGACGUUGCCGCGACCCUCAUCAUGGAGACGCUCUUUGGUUUCAACGUUCGCAACUAUUACCGCAACGUGCUCGUGCUCUUCGGGUGGAUUGCAGGAUUCGGCAUCAUGCUUAUCAUCACUGUGUUCUUUGUUUUGCGCGAGAAGAGAUGA